AUUGAAGAAAAGAGGGAAUUUCAGAGAAUGCGUUACUGGAGACAGAUUGUUAAUGAUAUUCGGUGUCAUUGUUCUUAAUAAGUUAAACCAAAUGAUUAGAUUUCCUGAUGUUAUCGUAUCUAAUCCUUAAAUAUGUUGCAAAGCUUGUUUAUCAUAAGCCGUUCAAAUGAAAUAUGUUUGGAAAAACACUGGACAAAAAACAUCUCAAAAGCUGUUUGUGAUAAUUUUUUCGAUGCUGUAGCGAAAUGUACAUCAGGGGAUGUACCACCUAUUCUGGAAGCUUCUAACAAUUCGCUUAUUCAUAUUUUGCGCAAUAACUUGUAUUUUCUCGCUGUAUGUACUAAUGAGAUACCUCCUCUACUUGUGAUAGAAUUCUUAGACUGUGUAAGCUCAAUAAUCGAGGAUUAUUUCGGCUCUGCUACUGAAACGACAGUCAAAGAAAAUUUAGUCUGCAUAUACGAGAUUUUAGAUGAAAUGCUUGAUGGCGGUUUUCCUUUAGCCACAGAACCGAAUAUUCUGAAAGAGAUUGUGCGUCCUUCUAAUUUCCUUCAAUCACUCACAGAUGCAGUUACCGGAAAAAACACAAACGUUGGCUCAACGCUUCCAACCAAUCAGCUAUCAAAUAUACGGUGGAGACGUUCUGGUGUUAAGUACACAAACAAUGAAACUUAUUUUGAUUUGAUUGAAGAGAUUAACGCAAUUAUUGAUCGUUCUGGGUAUGCGAUAACCAAGGAGAUUCAUGGAUCAGUUGAAUGUCUUGUCAAACUGUCUGGGACUCCAGAUAUGACGCUGGCUUUUACAAAUCAUCGCCUAAUUGAUGAUGCUAAUCUACAUCCAUGUAUCCGAUUUUCACGGUGGAAGAGAGAACGGAUUUUAUCCUUCAUACCACCUGAUGGAAAGUUCUGUCUUUUUAAAUACCACGUAAACUCACUAAGCCCAGUUUCUCUUCCUAUUAUACUACGACAUAAUGUUCUUCUUCGUGAACAUGGAGGUCGUUUGGAUGUAGUUGUGGUACCAAAAACAAUGAAUAAACCCGUUGAAGGUGUAAAACUUACUAUUCAACUACCACCUGAAGUUUUAAAUAUUACCGCAACCCCUAAUGUUGGACGAACUAGUUUCGAUGUGACAACCAAACUAUUUCAAUGGGACAUUGGUCGUAUUGAAGCAAAAUCUGUUAAUCCUUCAAUGAAAAGUACAAUUAAUUUGAUUAGUGGACUCACUACACUACCUUCAAAUCCUGUGAUACUUGUUAACUUUUGCAUUCCACAAUUUGUUGCUUCUGGCCUAAAAAUCGCUAGAGUUGAUAUCUAUGGCGAGAAGUACAAACCAUUCAAAGGAGUUAAAUAUGCUACGAAAGCCGGCCAGUAUGAAGUACGCACAUAAUCAGCUUAGCGGUUCAUUCAGAUACUAUUGUAUAGUAUGCGAGGUUUUUUCAUGACAUCAUUGGGUAUUUGAAUUUAACGCUGAAUUGUGAUUUCCUUGUUUGUAUUUUGUUGUUAUUGUUGUUGUUUUUUAUUUUGUUGAUUUAUGUACACCUUGCUUUAUUUGAUCUUGUUAAUUAAAUCAAUACUUCCAUGCUUUUUGUUUUGGUAGCUGCUAUGUGGUGAUGUGUUAUGAUGUAGUACUUAGUUGGAUUUUAGGAUAAACUGAAAGUUUUAUGAUUUGUAUAGCGUUACAUUAGUGCUACGGAAAGAUGAUCUUUUCUUAAAUUGUAUCAUAAGAUUAC